CACUGCAUUCGAUGCCUUGAAUUAGCCUAUUAGUUGUAAAAAAUUUGCAUACGUUUUCCACCUGGAUGCGGUGCAACAUUGCAAUUCAAGAUAGCUACAUGCACGGCACGUUUGUAAUACGCUGGGGUGGCUACGUGGUACUAUUCAGCGAGCUAGCUAACAAGUGACUGGAGAGACAAAAAUUAUAACUAUCAAGAGGACAGACAGAGAUAUUAACUCCUGUCGUUGCAGCCGAAUUUGAGGAUACAAACGGACAAAAAUCACAGAAAACCGAGCGAACUGUACAGCAUCAGGCGGUAUGACCGGGGCAGGAGCCGAGGACGACAUCCCGCUGAGCGAGAGAAAGACCGUCACUGACUUCUGCUACCUGCUGGACAAGUCCAAGCAGCUCUUCAACGGCCUGAGGGACCUGCCGCAGUACGGACACAAGCAGUGGCAGUCGUACUUCGGACGCACCUUCGACGUCUACACCAAGCUGUGGAAGUUCCAGCAGCAGCACAGACAGGUGCUAGAUAAUCGAUAUGGCCUGAAGAGGUGGCAGAUUGGGGAGGUGGCCUCCAAAAUCGGACAGCUCUACUACCACUACUACUUACGCACCUCCGAAACCAGCUACCUGAACGAGGCGUUCUCCUUCUACUCCGCCAUCCGCCAGCGGUCCUACUACUACCAGGUCAAUAAGGAGGACAGGCCAGAGCUGGUGGUGAAGAAGUUGCGGUACUAUGCGCGCUACAUCGUGGUGUGUCUGCUGCUCAACAAGAUGGACCUGGUCAAGGUCCUGGUCAAGGAGCUGUCAGAUGAGAUAGAGGACUACACUCAGCGCUUUAACACUGAGGACCAGCUGGAGUGGAACCUGGUGCUGCAGGAGGUUGCAGCCUUUGUGGAGGCGGACCCUGUGAUGGUGCUGAAUGAUGACAACGCCGUGGUGAUCACAUCCCAUCGGCUGCAGGAAGGGGGCGUGCCGCAAUUGGAGCAGGGCAUGGUGGUUGGCCAGCUCACCCUGGCGGAUGCGCUUGUCAUUGGCAACUGCAACAACCAGGUGAAGUUCAGUGAGCUGACUGUUGACAUGUUCCGCAUGCUCCAAGCUUUGGAACGGGAGCCUGUCAACCUGGCCACACAAAUGAACAAACCAGGGACACUGGAGCCCAAUGAGAAGCCUGCCAAGAGAGAGAACCCCCACAAAUACCUGCUGUACAAACCCACCUUCAGCCAGCUCUACUCCUUCCUGUCUGCCUCCUUCAAGGAGCUGCCAGCAAACAGCGUGUUGCUGAUGUACCUCUCCGCCACCGGAGUCUUUCCCACGGGACGAUCUGAUUACGAAGGUCCCUAUGACUUUGGAGGAGUUCUCACCAACACCACCCGGGACGUGAUCAACGGAGAGGCAGUGCAGAAGCGGAACCAGGCGCAGAAAGAGAUGCACUGUCUCCACCCAGGUGACCUUUACCCAUUCACCAGGAAGCCUCUCUUUGUCAUCGUGGACUCUUCCAACAGCACAGCCUACAAGAAUUUCUCAAAUCUCUUCGGUCAGCCGCUGGUGUGUCUGCUCUCGCCCACAGUGUAUCCCAAAAGCAUGCAAGACCAAUCACAGCGCGGCAGCCUCUUCACCCUCUUCCUGUACAGCCCGCUCAUGGCCUUCCUGUCGGUGUGCGGCCUGAGCAGCAUGCGGGAGGGAUUGUGGGAGAAGGCCCAGGAGCUGCUGCGCAGAGUGUACCGUGACAUAGGCCAAAUGCUCACCCACUCGCACACCAUAGACCAAGCCUUCCUGCAGUUCUACGGGGACGAGUUCCUGCGGUUGUUGCUGAUCCGUUUCGUCUUCUGCUCGGCCACACUGAGGCUACACAAGCUGUUCCGGGAGUCUCGGAGCUACCCCGAGUCGUACCCGCCGCUGCCCAGGCAGGACACAGUGGAGAGCAGCCUUCUGCAGAGACACGUCCUGGAGCUGGCGGCAAUGUUGGACGUGCAGAGCCUCUUCUACGACAACACUCUGUCACUGGAUGAUUACUGACACCCCCCCCCCCACAGCCCCACAGCCCCACAAACACUCACCCCUUCCACACAAGUCACAUGAUUUGUGUUUUUUGUUUGUUUUUUUUGUUGGAGGGGUGUUAGAGGGUGGGGAUUAUCCCCCCCGCUUCUGAGGUGUACCUGAGAUCCAUUUUCUUUCACCUUUUUCUACUUUUUGAAAGAGUUGGUCACCGCAAGGAAGUUAGUUAUAAACAUGGGCUAGUAAUGUCAAAUCACUGUGUGCAAGCUGGUGUUUGGAUCUUACACACCGACACCCCCAGACAUGUUGACUGACAGACACAAUCUCAUACUUUUAAACACAUUAGCGUAACAUUUAUACCACGCACAUACAGACACACAAACACAGGAUGAAUAUGUGGUGCAGCUAUGUAGUUUGUUUGUGAAGAGAACAAAAGAUUAAACAGACAAUAGUAGGCUUUUUAAAAAUGAAGAGUACAGUAAGAAAAAAAACCGCCUGCAAUGAUUUAAUGCUGUUACUUUGUAACUGAGUUUAGACCCCAGUAUGUUUGCUACAUGUAGGACUAGUGUGCCUGUUGUGUGUAGGUGGCCGAGGCCAGGUUUACAGAAUCAGUGGUUAGGCUGCAGUAAGACAGUUUCUGCAUGUACUAAUUGUCAACCGGCUGUUUUUACACAGAUAAUGUAGUUUUAGUGAUUUUGUUUCUUCUCCAGUUGUCUUUCUUGUGAAUGAAUAUGUUGUGUUAGGGUUUUUUUUUCUAUUUCUUUCUUUCAAAAUGCUGCUUAUUUCACCCUGCAUGAUUAGGUGAGUUUUGUAGGGCUAUGAAACACCUCUGCGUGAUUCGUUGACUGUCCUGCGGGGCUCACCUAUAGGAUUGCUCUGCUUCUGGAGUGGGUGGGACUAAAGUGGUCUUUCCCAUUGCCUGCCUGACUGUGAAGGACACGCAGAGGAUUUGGGUGAGCCCAAUUCUUUUUGCUGGUUCCCUUCUCCCUGCUGUACUCCCCAGGACCUGCAAGUGGUGGCAGCGGCCUAGUGCCACUGCUGUGCAGACCUUACAAAAAUACUGCCAUGUGGUGUGAGCCCCUCGAUACAGAUCAGCCACUUGCUCAUCUUUUAAAUGCUUGUCUUUGACUGGCUGGCUCAUUUCACCUGGGAGAAAGCGUACUGUUCCUUGUUAAAUCAUUUGAAUAAGAUGCUGUCCAUAGAGUUUGAUGUGCCAUUUUUAUAACCUAGUGUCACAUUUAUCACACAUUCUAU